UGGAGAUUGGGAAGAUGGUGAAAUCCGUUGAUGAAGCUCGAAGAAUUUCCAUUUUACUUAAUUGAUUAUCACUUCUUUAACUUGAAAUUAAAGAAACUGUUUUUUCUUCUCUAAUUGUCUGUCCCUUGCUUUGUGAUUUGUUAUGGUGAGCAGAUGGAGAACAGAGUCCACAAACAACGAAAUAUUACAUCCACAUAUGGUGGCAUAUCAUCAUCAUCAACUGGAAUUCCAAAUGUGCGAUGGUUUGGCACCGAAGGAGACUACAAUGUUCUUGUGAUGGAUUUAUUGGGACCUAGUCUUGAGGAUUUAUUCAACUUUUGCAGUAGGAAGUUGUCUCUUAAGACUGUUCUCAUGCUUGCAGAUCAAAUGAUAAAUCGAGUGGAGUUUGUUCAUUCCAAGUCUUUUCUACAUCGGGAUAUCAAACCAGACAAGUUCCUAAUGGGAUUGGGUGGUCGGGCAAAUCAGAUUUACAUCAUUGACUUCGGCCUCGCUAAGAAGUAUAGAGACACAUCAACCCAUCAGCAUAUUCCUUAUAGAGAUAAUAAGAAUUUGACUGGGACAGCAAGAUAUGCAAGCAUGAAUACUCAUCUUGGCAUUGAACAAAGCCGAAGGGAUGAUCUCGAGUCACUUGGAUAUGUGCUUAUGUACUUCCUAAGAGGAAGUCUUCCAUGGCAGGGAUUGAAGGCUGGAACUAAAAAGCAGAAGUAUGAGAAGAUUAGUGAAAAGAAAGUGUCAACAUCAAUUGAGGCCUUAUGCCGUGGUUAUCCCACCGAAUUUGCCUCAUACUUCCAUUACUGUAGAUCUCUACGUUUUGAUGAUAAACCAGAUUAUGCUUAUCUGAAGAAAUUGUUUCGUGACCUUUUUAUUCGCGAAGGUUUUCAGUUUGAUUAUGUCUUUGAUUGGACGAUCUUGAAAUAUCAGCAGUCGCAGAUUGCCACACCUCCUACUCGUGCUCCUGGUGGUGCUGGACCAAGCUCUGGACUGCCUCCAGUUGUUGCAAAUGUUGAAAGACAAUCAGGUGGGGAGGAAGUUAGACCUACUGGUUGGUCGUUGGCAGAUCCCUCACGUAGGAGAAAUUCUGGACCGAUUGUAAAUCCUGGAAGCUUGUCUAAACAAAAAAGUCCUGUUGCAAAUGAUCCAUCUGUGUCUAAAGACGCAAUGUUAUCAAGUUCUAGUUUUUUGCGGUCAACUGGAUCAUCAAGGAGGGCUGUAGUUUCUAGCAGUCGGGAUGCAGUAAUUGUUGGCAGUGAAUCCAAGCGCCCUCAAACCACAGAGGCAAGUCCUGGAACACUAGGUAAAAUUUCUUCUGUCCAAAGAAGUUCACCAGUUGUAUCUUCAGAGCAGAAUCGUACCACUUCUGGUAGAAAUAUUUCGACAGUAAAAAACUUAGAGUCCACCCUCAGAGGUAUUGAGACCCUUCAUUUUAAUAGCGACGAGAGAGUACAGUAUUAGCAGUCGCUUCUCUCAAUAUGUCGCCCACUGUAAAUUUGAAAAACGGUAUACAGUUCUCACACACUUCGGGUGGAAUUUGUUUUCUUAAAUGUACUAUGUUUGAGGAAAGCUGCAACAAUUUGGGGUUGUCUCAAAGCAGUUUGCAAUAAUGACAACAUACAGAAGUGGAAAUUUGAUGCCCAGAAGACCUACCCAGGUAAGAAGGCCCUUUGUCAAUACAGCACAAGUUGUGUCACUGUGGUUUCACCGUCUCAAUACCUUGUCCAAAUGAGUGUUUGUGCUUUUGUCAAACACUACUGUGUGGGUCAAAUGCUGAUUGACACUGUAAAACUGUAAGUACACCAACAUUUUGAUUUUGUGAUGUAUUAUGAUAUUGUAAUCCUAGAUAUAGCAGGUACUGAGUGUUAAAGCCUACCGAUUGAUGUUGGCACUAGGCACUUCUGUUGCAUAUAUUAUUGGAGUUCGAUGUGGUUGUAUUUGGUUGCA